CGCGAGGCCGACGCGCCCCGCCUUCCCCGACCCCCGCGCCUGCUCCCGGCGCCGCCGCCCUCACCUGCGCGCUCCCGCCGCGCCCGGCUCCCCGCACCUGCGCCCGCGCCCCGUGCCGGGGGUCCUGGCGCGCAGCUCGCCCGGCCCGGCCUCCUCGGAGCAUCUUCAGCCCGAGCUGCGCCCGCCCGCCCGCUGCCCCUGCCAGUAGCUGGUGAGGGUUCCUGCUCUAGUCCAGGGGGGUUGGAUUAUUAUGGAGAACUAUUAUUGAAGAGAGAUCCAUUUGUUGGCAUGUAAUAAAGAAAGAAUGAAUCAAGAUAAAACCUCUAAAUGCAAGUACCAGAAAAAUUACAACACAUCACAGUGAAUUUGCAAGUGGAUUGUCUUUCCUGUGGGUUGGCAGGCAGUUGUAGGACUGCAAAAUGGGUCUCCGGAUUCACUUUGUUGUUGACCCACAUGGUUGGUGCUGCAUGGGUUUGAUUGUCUUUGUCUGGUUAUACAAUAUUGUUAUAAUUCCCAAAAUUGUCCUCUUUCCUCACUAUGAAGAAGGACAUAUUCCAGGCAUAUUAAUAAUAAUAUUCUAUGGCAUUGCCAUAUUUUGUCUGGUUGCCUUAGUAAGGGCCUCAAUAACUGAUCCAGGAAGACUCCCUGAAAACCCUAAGAUCCCACAUGGAGAAAGGGAGUUCUGGGAAUUAUGUAACAAGUGUAAUUUGAUGAGACCAAAGCGUUCCCACCACUGCAGCCGCUGCGGCCACUGUGUUAGGAGAAUGGAUCAUCACUGUCCAUGGAUUAACAAUUGUGUUGGUGAAGAUAAUCAUUGGCUUUUUCUGCAAUUGUGUUUCUACACUGAACUUCUUACUUGCUAUGCACUGAUGUUUUCUUUCUGCCACUAUUAUUACUUUCUUCCAUUAAAAAAGCGUAACUUGGACCUCUUUAUUGUUAGACAUGAAUUGGCCAUAAUGAGACUAGCUGCCUUUAUGGGCAUUACUAUGUUAGUUGGAAUAACUGGACUCUUUUAUACUCAACUAAUUGGCAUCAUCACAGAUACAACAUCUAUUGAAAAGAUGUCAAACUGUUGUGAAGAAAUAUCGAGGCCCCGAAAGCCAUGGCAGCAGACCUUCUCAGAAGUUUUUGGCACUCGUUGGAAGAUCCUGUGGUUUAUUCCUUUCAGGCAGAGGCAACCACUGCGAGUUCCCUACCACUUUGCCAAUCACGUCUAAACAGAUGGAUGGUGGGCACAGAUGGGUCCUCCAUGCUGGAAAUGCGUUACAGGUUUUCUGAUAAUAGAACGAUGACAGUCUUCAAGUCAAUUAAAAUCCACCCACCAAUCUUAGGCAUCAUAAUGUGCCCCAGGCUUCAUUUUAAUAGUGAUCUUGAUCCUGUUGUGGGAGUAACACAAGAUCUAUAUUUAAGUUUCAAAGCAUGUUUACUUUCAAAUUAGCUUUCCACGGGGAUUUCUUAAAGUGCUUUUGUUAUUAAACUCAAAAGGCAGUGAUUGGGAUGAAAUAAUUGUACAUAAUUUCUUUUAGCACUGACAAUAUUACAGAUUUUAAUUUAUGGGAAUUUUCAGAUGUUUAUUUAAAAUUUUCACUCUUGAGCAGUACUAAUCAAAUCUGAAUUUAAUUCUUCAGCUUUUACAAAAGGUUUUACACCUUAUAUGUGAAAUUUCUUUUUCAAGUACAGUUUAAAAUAUGUUAAUACUUUUAUAUAUGCUGCAAGAUUUUUUUUAAAUGCAGCACAGGAUUGAACAACAAAAAAAAGGCAGUGUUUUCUUAGUAGCUUUCUAAUGGUUUCUCUUCACCAAAAACAAAAUACCACUAAAAUAAAGCACCAACUAUCUACCUUAUGUUAAAGGAAAGAUUAAAUGUUUUUCCAUGUUAAUUUUUCUGUUUCUUUUCCCUGUACUGUUUUAAGUAUUGGUUGUUGUUAAUAUAUUUGUUUUGAGGAGAAAACUUUGACUAAGUGGGCAUGUAUUCCUAUUGUACCCUAAGAUUUUGGUGAGCAAAUGGAUAGAGAAUUUGCAAUAAUUCCACAGAUAUCUUUUUUAGUGCAGUUAUACCAGAAUGUGUGUUUUUAAAAUGCUAAUAUAACUAGAAAAUAUAUAAUGUACAGUAUAAAGAGGAAUAUUGUGCUUUUGAAAAAUAUAUAUACUUUUUGCUUUUAUUUACCUACUAGUAGAUCUAAAAUUACACAAUGAAGAUUUAUAUAUAAUAAAUAUUGGCCAACUAUUCCUGAAACAAAACUACAGGAAAUUGCUAGUAAAAGUAAAUAACUUUUGUGUACCUACAAUCAAUCAGCCAAAUUGAAUUUAAAUUUUAAUGGGCCAACUAUAAUUUGGAUUGAGAGACCUUUUUUUGUAGCUAAUGUUAGGAAAUAGCCUUAAAAUAAGAAAAUAUAAUGAUCUACAUUUAUCAUUAGCCUUACACAAAUUUAAAUUGCUAACAGUGAUGGUCUCUUAGAAAGCAUAGAACAUUUGUAUAAAAAGAACUUUAGCAUACUUAGAAAAAAAAUUCAGCUUUAACAUUUUUUCCAUUAGAAUACUGCAAAAUCCAUAUAUCUUUUUUGAAAAUUUAUGUACUCACAGUCUUUCUCUUGAAUCUUAGAGAAGAUUGAAGGGGUCUACUGUUCUUGGAACCCAUAUCAGUAGUUUCCUUUUACUUAGCUUUGAUAGUAGGGAAUCAUACCUGAGAAAUCAUGAAACAGAAAGUUGCCAUAUCAGCCAGUUAACUGUAUUGUGGUUAAUUCUUUCAGAAACUAUCUUCAAAAUAAUAGAAUUAGCUGUUCUCAGAAAUAUAAGUGCCAUGUCUUACAUGUUCUGAUUAUAAUGCUUUAUUAUUUAAAAGUAUAGAAGUGGCAGAUGAAAAUAUGUAUUGGUGCUGAUAAAAUGCAUAGUAAAUUUAAUAUGAGAAAUUUAUUUGUAGAACUUAAUGAACCACAAAAUCAGUAUGUUCAUGUAAUGGAAAUGGGUUGGGGUUUGUGCAAACUAACAUAUUGACCAAAUUUGGCCUGAUGGGGGAACUGUUUUAAGGAAGUAAUAUAUAGAUGAUACAGAUAGAUAUCAAUUGAUUGCUCUGCCUAUAACUGGACCUUGAGAAAACAGUGAAGUGUCAAGUGAAGAUCCCUUAAAGAGCGUUAUAUCCCUUAAAGGCACAGUUACACUUCAUAUAGUACUAGUUACCUUGAAAGGUACCUGGGAGGUAUUCAGAGCCAACUGCUGCCUCAGUGAUGAGAACCAGAGGUAGUCCCUUUCCCACUCUAAGAGGGUUUUGUUUUUCUUAGAUUACCAUUUCUAGGGCACAUUCUCUUUCCUCUUUAUACCCUCGCUGAUCCGAUCCCCCUGUACCUGAUUCCCCUGGUACUGGUUUACAAACUAACACACUAGGCAAGGCAGAUAUUUAUUUUGUUUGAAUGAUAGAAAUGCUACGUAUCAAUAUAUUUAUAUAAGAUUCUAUAUUAAUGUAUAUCUAUAUAUACAUGUGGUUUAAUUUUCAGUAUUCUCAAAUUAGCACGCCUAACUGUGGGUUUAGUCCUUGUUAGACAACUUGAGAAAAACCAGCGGGUAGUUUCCUAGGGAGUGCCUGAACUCUAGUGCUCUCUCUGCGCCCUCUUUUGGCUAAUUGGUGUAAUUAUACUGGCUCUAGAGACUUACUGGCCCACAAGUAAAUUGUAUGGCCAAAUUCUAAACCUGUCAGAGGUACAAGCUUAGGGGAGUGUAUGUGCAAGGCUGUUAUAUUUUAUGAAAAUUAAUGUGUUCCUGUUUAUGAUGAUAUAGUUCAUACAAAAUGAUGACUAGUUUGCUUCAUUUGUGUAUGUUCAUAUAUAUAUUUGCUGUCAUUUACAAGUUUAUAUCAGAUUAGGAUAAACAAAUGUAAACAUUUCAUGAAUUUUUAUUUUAAACCUUAUUUUGGCAAAUUAAGUCUUUAGAAUUAGAAAAGUCAUUACUUUAAAAUUACCAAUUUAUUAGGAAACACAGAAAUCUAUUGUUACAGUGGUAAGCAAGUAUCUAAUGUGUUUUACUGAGUAUCUAAAAAAUACAUUUAGUGUUUUUAAUCUCAGUUUUGGAAUGAUUUUUUUUUUGAUGAUUCUGUUACACUAAAAUAAUGAGAUUAGUAAUUUUUUUAUUCUUUUUAAACGUUCCUACUCAGAGUUAUUGGAUGAAAUAGUUCCUUAUAAACAUUACAUUUGAAGCAAUAUGUAUUUGAAAGGAUAUUUUACUAAGCAAAGUCCUUAAUUGGACUUCUGGAGAUGAAUUUUACGUAGAUAUUAUAUAUUACACCUCUUGAACAAUUAUAUUUGUUGUUGUUCUUUUCCUUAAACAAAAAAUCUUUAUGGGCUGAAGAUUGUAAGCAGAAAUUGAUUGAGUUCUUAUUCCCCAAACAGUAGGCAUUCAGUUAAAGUGCUUUUGGUACUUUGUAACCAAGACUUACAGUUUAAAAAUACUAAGUUAUUUGUUCCAUCAUGAAAAAAAAUACUAUUUUGCUUAAGAGUUGUAUUAAAAAUAUUUGUGGUUAA